UAUAGCCGGGUAGGCAACUUUUUUCACGCUUGUGUAAUUAAGGUUGUAGACGUUUAGUGGCUAAAUGGGGAUAUGUACAAAAUACAACGAAUAAGAAAAAGAAGAAUACUGUUAGCUGUCAAAGUGACAACUUCGUCUUGUUUCCCCGAGUUUUGAAAAUUUUACAAUAAAAAAAAAAAAACUUAUCAAGUUUUGACGAUUAAAAAUCUAAAAUGGGGUGUGAUGGUGGUACAAUUCCUCGUAGAGAUGAAUUGGUAAGAGUAAAAAAGAAGCCCGAAGCGAAAGAUAAAGAUUCUGAACUUGCUUUCCAAUGGCGUCAUUGUUUUCUCACGCAGUUAUUGUUGCAAGAGCCAAUAGUUAUGUGUGGUAUGGGGCAUUUGUACAGUAAGCUGCCUCUAAUCGAAGCCUUGUUAAAUAGGGACAGUCUGCCUGAUAGUGUAAGACAUAUAAAAAGUCUCAAAGAUGUGAGGAAUCUCAACUUAACUCCCAAUCCUGAAUUUGUGUCAGGGGAUGACAAAAAGGAUGGAAGCGUUGAUACACGAGGAGCUCCUUACAUAUGCCCCGUUAUUGGUUUAGAAAUGUCGGGGAAAUUCCGUUUUGUUGCACUAUGGACUUGUGGAUGCGUGUUUUCAGAACGAGCCCUGAAGGAGAUAAGUACUUCUACAUGUCAUAAAUGUUUGAUGCCAUUUACUGAAGAUGAUGUGGUAGUACUAAAUGGUACUGAAGAAGAUAUGGUUCUAAUGAGGUCUAGAAUAGAAUUAAGGAAACAAAAGAAUAAGAAGGACAAAGAAAAGAAAAAAGAAAUCAAGAAGGAGAUCGAAGCUACCAAAUGUGAAGAAACUGAGCCUGCCAAAAAUAGUGUUACGAAUGCAGGCAAAAGUUCUGCCAAUGAGAAUGUUGAAAAACCAAAAGUAGUUGCUGCUACUCUUAAAAGACCACGAAAUUUAAUUAAUGAUGAAUCCACAAAGAAGAUGAAGGCUUGUUAUAGUGUUGCCAAAGACCCCAAUGCUUCUGAUGUUUAUAAAUCGUUAUUUACAAGUCACAAAUCUGAAAACGAACAACAGAGAGCUCAUUGGAUUACAUAUAAUCCAUUUUAUAAUUAAACGCUUUCCUUAUCAUUUUUAACUUUAUGUAUGAGAUAGGUAAUCUAUGUAACGUGAAAGGUAAAGAUAAUAAAUGUAAUUUACAUGAA